GUACUUUAAAAUCAGUCGCCAUGCCAACAGCUUGUUUAUGUUUAUGCUAACCCGUUUUUGCUCUUAUCGUGAUAUCGUUGAUUCCGCCGUUGAAAUUCCGAAUUCUAUAAAAAAAAACCGAAGGAAAUGUUUGCGGCACCGGAAAAGCGCCAUCAGCUGCGUCAAGCGGCUCUCCGUCGGGACGUGCAAACGGCCAAACAACACGAAAACUAUCAUCGCGAUUUUCAGCAAAUCCAACGCAAUGGCCAGCGGAGCUUGCAAAAGCGAGCCCAAACGGCUGACCACCAUGUACGGCAACUGGAGGCACAGCAACGCGAAGAAACUGUAAAUAGGGAGACCCGUCAGCGGCAACUUCAGGAAGAGGAAGAACUUGCGCUACGAAUACACGAAGCCAACCGACGGCGGAUCAACGAGGAGAAACUGCGGCAGCAGUUGCGCGAAUCAAAUCAAGAGCUUCGCGAGCUGGAAUCGAAACUUCGGGCAGCCUACGUUGCGAAAGGCCUCGCGGCACAACAAGCGGAAGCAGAGGCGAGACGCAUUGAAGAGCGGAUGGCAGCCCAGCGGGAGCAGGAAGAGUUAGAACAACUUCGUCUGAAAAAUAUGGACUAUAUUAAGCAGUGCCAGGAGGAGGAAUGGAAGCGUAAGCGCGAGCUUCGAGACGUCCUUUACAAUCAAAUGCAGACUGCGCAGCGUCGGAAGCAGAUACUCUACCAAGAGUUCCUCCAGGAGAAAAUGUAUCUCGAUGAAAUAUGCAAACGUAUUCAGGAAGAACAGUUCGAGGAGAUUCAACGCAAGAUGGAACUGCAGCAACGAACCCGUAAAGAGAUGGAAUAUUUUCAGGAGGCAAAAGAAAUCUGGCAGGAACGGCAAAAGUUGGCACUGGCAGAGGAGAACGAGCGCAUCCGGCGUUACCUGGAAAGUCGUGACGCAGAACAGGAGGAACAGAACAAGCGAAAGCUACAGAGUGCCCAAACAAGGGAGCGUCUGAACGAAAAAAUGGUAGCUGCACUGCAGGCUGACUACGAUCAAGCCCGCAAACGAGAGGAACUACUGCAGGAUUUGUACGCGGCCGAGCUGGACGAGCGGCAGGAGAAUCGCAUCCAGCACGAUCUGGAACAGCAGAUGCGGCGUCGCAUCGAGGCCCGUCUUGGGCUCGAGCGACAGAUGGUGGAAAUUGCUUGCCAAAAACAAACAACUGCCGAAGAAGAACGUAAGUUCAAGGACGAUCAACUGCGGCUGUGGGCCGAACGCGAUAGAAUCGAGCAGAUGACGGUGGAAAAGCGACGUCUGAAGCUGCUGGAGCAUCGUCGAGCGAUCCAGGAACUGCUUGAGGACCGACGACGUCGCCGGGCGGACGAGAUAAAGGAAACGAGGCAGCAGCAGUUGCAGUUCGAACAGGACGAGAAGCGUCGCCAAGAGAUAAUCGAAGAGGAGCGCAUCAAACUACUGAAGGAGCAUGUGACUGCACUGCUGGGCUUUCUUCCGCCGGGCGUGCUGAGGGAAAGCGACAGAGAGCACAUUCCGCUACCGAAAGGAAAGUUGGGUUAGAACUAGUUCGAGGAAGGGUUGUAGGGGUAGGUGAAAUUUUCAGUAAUAUAUUACAACCGAACACUGUUUCGGGAGGUAAACCGAUACAAGUUUGGCUUGGAGUGAUAGUCACAUCACCUCAAAGAUAGGUAAUUGUUCAUGUUCAGUAUCUUCAGCACUGCAAACUACUUACGAUAGGUAAGCAAAAUAGAAAAGUGAAUUAAUAUUAACUACCCUGAAGUUCGCUACCAGGUAUUGUUUGAGGGACCAAUGAUUGUAGGUAAACUUUUUAAAAGUAUAAAAAUUCAUCGAUUCGGGUUAAGCAUGAUAAAACUACACUCAAGAGCUAUCAUUACGAUAUUCUUCAAUCUGGUUUUAUUGAUGGAUUAAAUUACUAACAUCAGCAGUUUUUUGCACUUAGAAUGCGGAACGAUAAACAAGAGUGACGAGAGUUUAUAUUUUUGCGUUAUACUGUGUCCAGUUGUUCGGAUCAUUUAUUCGUCACUAAGCGCUAAUCAGUGUCACGGAAAGUUUUCCAGUAAAAGAUUUUUUUUCCGAAGUGAAAAAUACAGUUGCCCGUUAAGUAAGUGAAGCGACGCGUGCGGUUAAAAAGAGAGGUGCAAAUCAUAUGAAACUAGCUGACACUGAAAAAUCGAAACAA